AAAAAAGAUGAAAAAACGUUCAAAGUAAGUAAACGAAUCCUCUGUCCCGGAGAUCUGAAAACAAGCCGCACUCCAAAGCUUUCCUCUCCUCGGCUCCAUCGUUACUCCCACGCUUCCGAUCAAGCCCCCAAUAGACCAUCCACUCGCUUCAACCCCAUUCACACUUGAUUCACCUCUGCAGACUUAGCUCUCGACGCCCUUACUCCGUCUGCUGUUUAUCUCGUCCCUGCCUGAACUUUGUACCUUUCUAUCCUAAUACUACCAUCGGAGUCCGGUCAAUCGUCCGCCGCUUAAAUUUCACGUGUCAGAGGUUUGACCUACUUGUGUCCGAGUUGCUUGUGCCCAUCACACCAUUUCCCCCAGGAAAUGGACGAGGACUUUGAAAAGGAUGCCGGGGAUACACAUGCUAAAGUGCCUGCCACACAUACCGAGACCGAGGUAAAGACAAAUAGGAAGAAAAAGAAAGGUCUGAUAUCAAGAAUGUGGAAUGCACUCUUUAAAUCUGGUAGAGACGAUUUUGAGAAGAGACUGCAACACAUUUCCAAAGAGGAGGCCGCUGUUAUUCAGAGAAUCACAACGCGUGCUCAAAGAGUUAGUAGGACUUUGAGAAACCUCAUCAUACUUUCCGUACUUUUUGAGGCUAUUGCGGUGGGUUAUGCUAUCAUGACUACUAGAUCACUUCACCUAAAUUGGAAAUUGAGAGCUCUGCGCGUUUUGCCUAUGUUUCUAUUACCCGGGUUAUCUUUCGCUAUAUAUACAGCACUUGGAAGCUUCAAAAGGAUUUGUGACAACAAGGAUCAGAAAACCUUGCAAAGGCUCCGUGCUGAAAAGAAAGCAAAGAUUGAUGAACUCAAGGAGAGGACAAAUUAUUACAUUACACAACAACUCAUUCAGAAGUAUGAUCCUGACCCUGCUGCUCAGGUUGCAGCUGCUACCGUGCUCGCUUCCAAGCUUAGCGCAGAUACUGGGUUGAAGGUGUUUGUGGGGAAUGAGUCCCAACGUAAUUCCCCUCCUACUGGUGGGAAGAGUAGUGAUGUUGAACUUGCUAAUUCCACUGGACUUCGUAACCGAAAGCAACCGGCAAGCAGAUCAACUGGCUCUGAAAGAAGUGCCACAACAACAGUGCACCAGUCUCAAGAAGAACAAAAAAUGCUAGACGGUUCUGAUAUGGUCGAGCAUCAUCCACCGGUGGUUGAGCAUUACAACCCAAUUGGUCCAACCGCACAAAAUGGAGGGUGGCUUUCACGCAUUGCGGCACUGCUAGUGGGCGAGGAUCCAACACAGUCUUAUGCACUUAUUUGUGGCAACUGUCACAUGCACAAUGGGCUUGCUAGGAAAGAGGACUUCCCCUACAUCACUUACUACUGCCCUCACUGUAAUGCCUUGAAUAGGCAUAAACAAGUAGAAGAUCGCUCCUCUGGCUCGAGUUCACCGAGUUUAAGCUCUUCUGUGGUGGCCGAUUCUGAGGUGAUUAAAAAUGCUGGUGCUUCUCCCGUUGCAGAGAAUAACAUCCCUGCCGGUGGGAGUCCAGCUGGCCCUUCUGAGGCAGAAGGGGUCGAAAUUUCUAAUGUUCCCGGUACUUGAUUUGUGCCCUUUGAUUGGCAUACUUUGCUGCCUUGUGCGACAUACAAAAUAGCAGGUUUCCUUGCAUCUUUUUUUUUAUUUUUUAUUUUACAGUUUUUUUACUGUGAAAAUGUUGUACUGUACCAAAUGAUAUAUUUCGCAGAUAGGUCCUGUCUCUUACGGGCUGCCCAAAUUCUUAUUAUGUGUUUUUCUUUUCUCGCUGAAAUUUUGUCCACCUAUAACUCAUGUAGUGUCGGGUAUUUUCUUGUGGAGGAGACAAUGUUCUACGUGUAAAUGAACUUAAAACAUUAGAUAGAAGCGUGAUAAUGUGAUGUUUUCUUUUAAGCUCAUUUCCAGCAUAUAUACAUUAAUACAUGGAUAGUCAAACACUCAAUGAAUCUGAAUCCUUG